CUUCCUUAGUUAAUUUAUAUUGUGCAAAAUAAUUCAAUUCAUAAAGUCUGAUUUAAUUUCUUCAUCACUCUGAAGUUCUGGAAUUGAAAAUGAAGUUGUUCGUAAUUGCUUUGAUAUUUCUUGGAAGUGCAGCUUUAGCAACAGCUGCAGGCACUAAAGAAGAGCAACAAGCUCUCGUCGAUGCAUUACAUAACUUGGACAGUGACUACUUCGAAAAACGUGAUAUAAGUGGCGUAAGAAAAGACAUCAGAGAUAUUAUUAAAUUUAUCAAAAAAGUAUAUCCGAAUGUUGUGGCGAGUGGUGGACCUGAUGGUGUUCUGUACAGAGAAGCAGUUUUUGCUUCAAUAGCAACGAUUGCAGUUUUACCUCCCCCAGAACGAAUUCGAAAUUUACUAAACUGUGCUGGUCAAGCUAUACCCAUUACGUUUAGUUUCCCCACGGGACAAUGCCAGUUUAAAACUGCUGGCAAUUAAUAUUCAGAACAUAAUACUGAAAAAAUUUGAUCAAUUGUUUUAAAAGAGUGGUAGCGGAGAUGUAUUAUUCUUUGAAUGAAAACAUUUUCACAAUAAAAUGCUGACAAAUAAAAAUGUUUAAUUAUUAAA